UCUCACACGCUAAGACAAAGUUGCACACAUUCCUAAGCCUCCCUCCCAUCCAACGGUUCUACAUUUCACUUAGCUUAUCUAAUUCAACGGUGGAGAUCUCCUUCUCGCAUUCUCCCCUCUUCACGAAACUCGAUGUCUUUGCUUUCGGCCACUCAUGACAAAGCAACGAGAGCUGCCUUUCGUACGCGUACGUGGCAACGGGACCCAUGUUUACUAAGGACCGUCUGACAUACGAGGUCCCACUCUAAGGCGGGAACCCAUUUUUCCUCUUUUCUUGUAUUCUUUUGCGUGCAAGUGUAACAAGGAUGGUCAUGCUUUUUGUGAGGAGAGAGAGAGAGAGAGUUCACGGUCUCGCAGAUACUGUUUCUUGAAAAGAGAGUGUGUGUUGUUUCGUUUGUGUGUCUCUGUCUGGUUGAUAGAUAGUUUUGUUUGUUUUGUUCAUCGUUUCAACCACAAGAUAUGUAGAAACCAAGGGAGAAAAAAAAACGUCAUUGAAGUUUGUUCUUUUGAUUAUUUUGAGACAUAGUUUGAGUUUCUGUUUGUAGCUUCUUGGAAAAUUUCAGUUUUUUUUUUUAAUUGUGGAGGAAAAGAGGGAGAAUUUUCAGAUAAGAAUCUUUGAGCCAAUGGUUCCAUUCAUCUUCUUUGUAAACAUUUUGAAUUGAAGAUUCCUUUUUUCUUUUUCUUUUCUCAUUGGUUUUCUCGAGAAUAUAUUGUGUGGGUUUGGGAGAAGAGGAUAGGAAGAGAGAGAGAGAGAGAGAGAGCUUCACUGUAGUAUUAAAAAGACUUCACUUUUCUGCUUCUUUUAGCUUUGAACACAGCUUCAGCUUUUGUGUCCGAAUCUUGAAAAACUUAUAUGCUUUUUUCUUUCUCUUCAAUGGAGCAAAGAAGAAGAAAGAGAUAUUGCAACACUGUCCAUCUCCUCUUGUUCAUCUUCUUAGUCUUCUCUUCAAGAACAAGCGCAAGUUGUCGGCGAAGAGCUGUGAAACACUUAUCCACAGCUCCACCUUCAUCUACACCACUGGAGUCCAAAAUCACUUCAAAGGUUAUCGUUGUUAGCAUCGUCUCAGGGGUUUUAACAGGAUUGGUCUCGGCCUUAGCGUUAGCUUUCUUGGUCCGUAGCACUGUCAAGUACCUGAAACAGACGCCAAUUCUCAAAGGCCCUGUGGUGUUUUCCCCUAAGAUCACACCCAAGUCUCUUCACGCAGCUCUUGCUAAUGGCAUCCAGUUGCUCGGCUCAGACCCUAACGGUAAAUACUACAAGAUGGUGCUUGAUAAUGGUCUAGUGGUUGCAGUCAAGAGACUAGGCUCGCUUGAAGGAAACGGCGGCUCACCAGAAGCAACUAAGUCGGUUAAGAGAAGGCUGCAGAAGGAGCUUGAGCUUCUUGCUGGGUUAAGAGAUAGGAACCUGAUGAGUUUAAGAGCUUAUGUCCGUGAAUCAGAUGAGUUCUCUCUGGUGUAUGAUUACACGCCCAACGGUAGUCUUGAGGAUGUGAUGACUAAGGUUAGAGCUCAAGAACUAGAGCUAGGAUGGGAGAUUAGGCUGAGAGUUGCCGUUGGAAUUGUCAAAGGGCUUCAGUAUCUCCAUUUCAGCUGUGAGCAACAGAUUCUUCAUUACAACUUGAAACCUACGAAUGUGAUGCUUGAUUCUGAGUUUGAGCCUCGGCUUGCUGAUUGCGGAUUGGCCAAGAUCAUUCCUGCUUCACAUACAUCAGUGUCUUGCUACUCAGCUCCUGAGUCUUCUCAGACUAACAGAUAUACAGACAAAAGCGACGUCUUCAGCUUUGGGAUGAUAUUAGGUGUUCUUUUAACCGGGAGAGACCCUACCCUUCCUUUCUCAAUAGAAGGUGCAAGCGGAGGGAGCUUAGGACAGUGGCUGAAGCAUUUGCAGCAAACGGGAGAAGUGAGGGAAGCAUUAGAUAAGAGUAUUCUUGGAGAGGAAGUGGAGGAAGACGAGAUGUUAAUGGCUUUAAGAAUCACCAUUAUCUGCCUUUCUGACUUUCCAGCAGAUCGGCCUUCAAGUGAUGAGCUUGUCCACAUGCUUACACAACUGCACAGCUUUUAGCCCCAAUGUUCUUGUACCAAAACCUAUCUGUGAACAUAUGUAACUGCAUCUCAAUAUAUUUCUUCUCUUAUUGAUUAAAA